CUUCAGGAAGCGGAACGCCGGAUCUUAGGAUUCGAAAAUCUGUCAUCACAGAAAUGUAAAAUAACGUUACUAUCCGAAGAAAAAUAGCUUGUUUGGAGAAUAGCUACUUAACAUUUAAAAAAAAUUACAUUCUCACUGAAGAGACAGUAUGUCUGCUGACUGGUUGGGGAGCCUGGUGUCCAUCAAUUGUGGGGCCACACUGGGUGUGUACCAGGGAGAGGUGUCUUCGGUGGAUCAGGCCAGCCAGACAAUCUCUCUCAGACAGCCCUUCCACAAUGGGGUCAAGUGUCCUGUCCCUGAGGUCACUUUCAGUGCCAUGGACAUUAGGGAGUUGAAGAUCCUCGAGAUUCCAAAUGGCAUCUGUACAAACAGCAGCAGCCAGGGUGUUCCCGUUGACCCAGGCCCCGCCUCCUCGGGGUGUAGUGGGCGGAGCCCGGGGGCUGCAGGUAGCAGUGCCCCAAUGGCGGUGCCCCGGAAAGCAUCUGCCAACAACCGAACCCUGAACCAGGCCACGCCGAAGAAGAACGGGGUGAAGAACGGAGGAGGAGGAGGAGGAGGAGGAGGAGGUCCCAUGAAGACCAAAGAUGAUGAGUGUUUCGGGGAUGGCGUGGACCAGGGCCUGGACACGGAUUUCGACUUCGAGGGGAACCUGGCGCUCUUCGACAAGGCGGCGGUGUUCUCUCAGAUGGACAUGACGGAGCGCCGCGGCAACGGGGCGCGGUCGCGUGGAACGCCCGGGGAACGCACGCCCUCCCGAUACCGCCACGACGAGAACAUCCUGGAAGCCAAGCCCAUCGUCUAUCGGCAGAUCACCGUACCCCAGGCGGGGAACAAAGAGUACUGCACUGACUCGGGGCUGGUGGUGCCCAGCGUGUCCUAUGAGCUGCACAAGCGGCUGCUGUUGGCGGCGGAGCGGCAGGGCCUCUCUCUGGAGCGCAGGCUGGAGAUGACGGGCGUGUGCGCCAGCCAGAUGGCCCUCACCCUCCUGGGCGGGCCCAACAGGCUGACCCCGAAGAACGUGCACCAGCGGCCGGCCGUGGCCCUGCUCUGCGGCCCUCACGUGCAGGGGGCCCAGGGCAUCAGCUGCGGCCGCCACCUGGCCAACCACGAGGUGGAGGUGGUCCUCUUCCUGCCCAACUUCGUCAAGAUGCUGGAGUCCCUCACCAACGAGCUCACGCUCUUCAGCAGGACGGGCGGCAAGCAGGUGUCCAGCAUCAAAGACCUGCCCGACGGCCCAGUGGACCUGGUCAUCAACUGCCUGGACUGCCACGAGAACACCUUCCUCAGGGACCAGCCCUGGUACCGGGCGGCGGCGGACUGGGCCAACCAGAACCGGGCCCCGGUGCUCAGCAUCGACCCGCCCGUCAGCGGGCAGGAGCAGGCGGUGGAGGCCAAGUGGAGCCUCUCGCUGGGCCUGCCCCUCCCUCUGGCCGAGAGCGCCGGCCGGGUGUACCUGUGCGACAUCGGCAUUCCCAGACAGGUGUUCCAGGAAGUGGACGUCAAGUACCGCUCUCCCUUCGGCUGCAAGUUCGUCAUCCCCCUGCACUCCGCGUAGCCGGGGGUCAGGGGUCACGAGCCGGGCUUCUUCCGCGAGAGCGGGCGAGGCUGUGGACACAAACGAGCCUUAAUAUCUCCAGAGUGUGAACGUAUGAGUGUGUGGUUAUGCGCGUGGAGGGCGGGUGGGGCACAGGGAGCUCUUCUGGGGGGUGUUUAGGGGGUUACGGUGGCGUUCCUGGAGGUAGCCACCACAUCGUCUGGGGACGGAGCGCAAUCUCCCUAAUCAGAAUGUGCACUCCUUUGUGUUUCGGUUUUCCUGUUGUUCUUUUAAAUUUUCUUUGCUUUUUUUUUCCCCCCCGCCCCAUAAGUUAGCAGGUCUUGCGCUGAUAUGCCAGCCAGAGGAAGGAAAGGCUCGGAGAAAAAUAAUGUUUUGUAUAUUUAUCCUCGUUUAUUUCGCGAUAAGCCCACAGAAAUAGACCGCCCUCUAUUUAUGUGCCGUACUGUUUACAGAAUACUGAACGAGUCUCAACGCAAGCCUUCCCUUUUUUUUCUUUUUUCUUCUUCUUCUUCGUAGAUUCUGCUGUUACUCAUUAGGCGGGAGACAAAGCCAGACCUCGCCAUGUUGGCUUUUGACCGCGUGCGAAUGGACCAUGUGGAUUUUCGUUGGGAGUUAUGGUUCUUACGUUUGUGUGUUCUCUCAGGCCAGCUAUAGAAAAGUGGUUGGACAAUUCAACGAAGAAGUGUUGCAGACAUUCAAGUCUUUGCUUUCCCCUUUAAGAGAAUGGGCGCAUUAAACAGGGAUGGCACCAGCGGAUUUGCCAGGAGAGACCUGCAGUCAGAAAUUCAUUUAUUUCUACUCGCUGUUUAUUGUAGACUAUUUCUAUGAUAAUAUUUCUAUUUAUUUUUUUGUUGUCACAAAUUCUAGCUUGAGUUGCUGUGGCACAAAAGCAAAUUCCUUGGUCUUUUGUAAGACUUUCAAUCAUAUCUCAUAAAGCAUUGGUUUUAAAAAUCAAUCGUCUUUGAGGGAAAAGAUGUGUAUGUAUAAUGUGAAUAUUCAUCUUUUGUUUGUGACUGAAAACACCAUGACUCCUGGCCUAAAUGCUGUGAAAAGUAUAUACAUUUGGUACGAAGUUGCAUCUUGGCAAAUAAUUGGUUUCAUUGCAUUUAACCAUGUGAAACUAAUUGAAAGUUCAGUUUAGGGUAAAUUCCUGCUCGUAUUUCAUCAGAAGCAGUUCUUUGAUCACCGAGAACACUGUUGUCCUAAAAUCUUUAGAGAAUAUUCAGUGAAAUAUUGUCUUAUGUACAAAGUAGUGGUAUAACUCUGCAAAGUUUCUUUUUCUGGUUACAAACUUUUCAAUGAUAUUUGAGUGCAGUAUUUUUUUCUGUGGAGAGAGGGGGGGGAACUGCUGGCUUUUAAUUUUCACUGUGACGGGUGCCAAGAUAAACCCAUUUGUUUCACUGCAAAUGAAAAUGAAAAAAUAAAUGCCACUGGUAAUAUUUCGACUGAACUGUGCAACUGGACAUGUACCCUUUUUUAUUAAUGGCAUGUGCUCUAAAUGUCUGAAUUAGAUUUUGACUCCAGCAUAAAUGUAGAUUGUGGGGUCUGGAUAGGGGAAUAUUAAAAUCUGUUGCCUGCUGUUCGAUGGUCACGUCAUCUAAUGAGAUGAGAUGCCUGGUGUAGGGGUUAUUGUCAGGUUAGGGAUUGUUUUGUGUACGUGUGUGCGUGCGUGCGUUCAUGCACCCCCUCCACAUCUUCUCAGGGAAAUCAUAGAUUACUAUCUCGGUCCCAGUGGUGGAAAGUGUUGAUUUUCAUCUGUGAUUACAUUUUUGGGGGGAUAAACUUUGAUUCAAUUUGUCCAUUUACCCACCUUCCUGCCUGUCCGGAAGUGUCCGCUCUUCCUGCGAACGCUUGAAGGAUGACACGGGAACUGCAGUGUGCAUGUCCGUUUAAUUAUAAAUGUCUGCAUUUCUGUACCCGAACACUCAGAUUUCGUCAUUGAAAGGUAAUUUCGGACUCUUAAUGGUCAAGAGUGGAAUUGCAGCAACAAACACCCUCAAACCACAACACUGUUUAUCCCUCCCCCUUCUCUGUGAAAACGCUGAUGUUGAAAUGCCAUUGGCUGUGAAUUUUCUACCAAUGAGCUUGAAUUAUUGUUGAAUGAAUGUUUUGGUUCAGUGUCCAUGCGUGAAGUGUAUAUUUUGAAAAUGUAAGGACUAUAAACACAGGCAGAGGGUGAGUCAACGUGUCAGUGAGCCUUUUACAAUGAUAGGGAUUUACAAUGCUCUUGUAAAAAUGUUUUAACACAAAAAUAUUACCCUUAAUAUUUUGCUUUUUGUAUCUGUUGUUGAACAUUACCCUGAUUGCAUCCUCUGAGGUGCUGGCUCCUGAUUGGAUGAGUGUCGCCCGGAGAGUGAGGUCAUUGAUCACUGAAGUUGACUCCUCGACUUACUAUAAAGGCCCUAUAUUAAUAGAUAUGUCAUUGAUUAAACCUUGUUCCUGCUCCGA